CGCCAAGAUUUACAUGCAGACCCACAACGUCCCACAUAACCUACAAAAGCGUGUACAGCGUUGGUAUGACUACGUGUGGUCACGUGGCCGGCUCAACGGAUGUGACAUCAACUCGCUGGGUCUGCUUCCGGACAAGCUCAAGACAGAGCUGGCUAUACACGUCAACCUUGAGACGCUUGAGACAGGCGUGAUGCUCAAGAGAAUGGGGGCCGGGGAUUUCUUUGGUGAGAUCGGCAUUCUCAACCUGGACGGAGGUAUGAACAGUCCAUCAUUCGCGACUACGGCCAACGCAGACUGAGGGAGGUGGAGGCACACAGACAGAAAGUGAAGCCUCUCAAAUGUAAAGGCAGCCAGGACAUUCCGUCCUAUCAGUCUGGCAGUGCCGGAUCCGUGCAGAACCGGUUCCUGAUGACACUCCGGAGCCUGAACCCGGCUGUCCGGAGGCUGAGCGCGCAGCCGCAGACGAGCUGUCCACAUCCGGGUUCUCCGCAAGCUGGCACAGGUGGUGGACCUCCCGCUGGACACAGGUGCGUAGGCUCCAGGGCUUCCCAGGGGGGCGUGGUCAAAUCCGGAUCUGCCCAGAGCGGGGAGGAUGGCUCAGGGUCGUUGUUGUCUCCCAGCAACGCUAAGAAGUCCUCCUGCCAGCAACAGGGCUCUGUGGAUAGUUCUGCCAACAGCGACGGUUCUGGUUCCGGUUCUGGUACCGGUUCCUACGGCAACCAUAACAAUGGCCGUCACGAUGGCAAGAGUAAUAAUAGAGGAGGAGGAGGAGGAGCAGGAGGAGGAGGGGGAUAUUUUCGUUCAAUGAUGUCAUCUGCGAGACACGUCUUCCGGAGGGGUGGGAAGAGGGCUCGACCUAAGAGGUGGAGCGAAGGAGGGUACGACUCCUUUCGCAAGCGAGAGAAUCGAACCUCGUGGAGUUCGGAACUCGUAAAGAAGACGUCACGAGACCAGCCCCGGGGUCAAGGUGCUGGCAGUGGUGACGUAGACACAGACGAUUCCGACGCCUUGCGUUUAAACCCGGGUCCUGGCCCGAAUGGGUGCAGUGUGACCUUUGACCUUAGGGACAGCUCGGAGAAAUCGGGGGAAUUUUCUGGAACGACUGCUGCUACAACGAGCGGUGCGUCUCGUGUGGCCGCCCAGGGGAUGUUGGAGGACGGUGUGAGCGGAGUCGCUGUGGACGGGGCGGUGGGAGAAGGACUCAAGUCCGGAGUCAAACGAGGCCCCACGCUCGUCCCCAAUCUCACAGAAGUGGAAAAGAGAACAUUUGGGACCGGCUGGGGUAGGAGGAAACUCUCCGACCCAAUCUCUUACAUGGCUGUGUGCACAGAGGAUUUAGACGAGGCGUAUCGCACCAGCAAAGAGAUGGGGUCAGAAAGACAAGAAGGGCGUGACUCCGUGGUGAAGGACACGACGCAAACUGAUUUUCAGACGAGGCAGGGGGAGAGCGUUGAGCUGGGGACAUUGGCCCAUGCAGCUGAGGCCAGCACAUCUACCUCGCUGGAAACAGCGAAACCACUCACUUCGGAUGCAUCUUGUACAUAUCCUUUCGUUAUUGUUGACUCCUCUGGAGAUUUUUCUUCUUCUUCUUCCAACAGAGCGUGGGAAUCUUCCGCGCCAGAGUCUUUCAUUUUAAAUACUGCUAGUGCAAAUGAAUGUUCGCACAAAGGUGGGGACGUGGCUUUUAAUGACACCCGGAAUACGUGUGCUGACGUGUGCGCAAAAGAAAAUAUUGGGAUUAUUUCUGGCAGCAGGGACAGCGAUGGGCAAGUGGGAGCUUCGAGGCGGAACAUUCGCGACCGUUCAUUUAGUAGUGCCUCUGCACUUGGCAGACCUCAAGAGAGAUCUAGACUCGCAUCUGAGAGCGGGAACCGUGAUCAGUUACCCCUUCUGAGAAACAGAGACGAGACAAACGGAAUGUGGAGUAGCUUCUCUGAGACAACAAGUCGACCUCAGCAGAAUAAUCUUACGUCUUCCAAAAACGAUUCGUCUUUGCAUUUUUCAUCGAUUUUGUCGUCGAAACCUUUCGUAUCCUCACCUUUAUCCCAUUCUGCACCUAGUUUACCCCCGGGCAAAAGUGCAAGUCGAUCCUCUCUAACAACGAGGAUUGUGCCGAUAAACAAUCCUGGCCCACAGCCAGUUUCUACUCCGGAGGUCUCAAACGCCUCGGAGGUUGAGAACCCUUCGGCAUCUCUGACCCCCGACGAUAUGCCCUACGUUCUAACAUGUUGCUGCAGUCCUAACUCUCCUCACAGCCGACACGUAUCCCAUCAUCUCCCGAAGAAAACUCAGGUCUGCUCCACACGAGGUCACGCAACGAAAUACCAAAGAGUCAACAAAAACAACAACUACACAACUUCCACAAAUAAAAACGGCAACAACAACAACAACACCAACAAUAGCAGCAACAAGAAAGAUGGAGCUGGGAGGUCAGCAGGGGUCAAGGUUCAGUCUUCGUUUCUCCCGGCGACUGUGGAUUGCUUUUCUGGCAACGGAAGGUCCCGAUCUUUCCCGAGUCUGUUCGAGAUGUCGCUGCCGACAGAGGUCGAGGCGCGGCAGCCGAGAAGGUCUAGCUCUCAGGAAGAGUUGCAUCUUUACACAGAGGAGAAGUCGAAUGAGGUGAAAGCCAAGAUCUUUAAAAAUAGGCUCAGUAGAGAAGGUACCAAAAGCAUGGACAGAGAAAACAGCGGUGGGAGGAGCCACGCCAUGUCAAUCAUCCAACAGCCCACCUCUGACUUGUCCUAUCAGCAAAUCAAAAGUCAGAUCCAAACUAUGCAGGAAAUGAUCGAAAAACGACUGACUCAACUGGAAGACGUGUACAACAACACAAGUGCCCGUCUGGACAAGCUGACGUCAUCACAGGAAGUGUUGCUGAGGUUACUCAAGCAACAGAUGCUGAUGAGCCCAGGCCGAGGUGGAGGCAGUAGUAGGUCGCAAGGUGAAGGAGAACUGGACGACUCGCUGACUACGUCAUGUGUAUGACGACACGUCGUCCUGCCGCGCUGCCCAGUCUCGCUCUCGGAUUACAACGACCGCCAUGUUGAUUUCUGGCUUUCUAAAAAAUCUACCGUAAUUUUUAAAGAUGUGAUUCGUAAUUUAUUGGGGACUUGUUGACCACUUUUUAUGAUCUUUCAUUCGAUUUUACUUUUUGAUUUUAAUCCCUUUUUCGAUCAUGGCGUCGAUUUUUGUGAAGUCUGCAUCAGCAUGACUCUGGCGUCAUGCCGUGUCUAGAUCAGCUAAUACGGGGUGCCCGCUACGGCUGAGAUCGUGUUUGUUUUCAGUUUCAGGCGAUCGAGUCGGG